AGAUAUGAAAAGUAUAAUUUGCUGCAUUCAGUUAAAAACCUCAAACAUUUAUCGGACAGUUUAUUCUCAACCAAUUCGUACCAUUUGAUGGGGACAUCAUUUUUUCAUUUAAAUCGACGAGAAGCACUGAGGAAUCAAAUCGUCUGAGUUAUUUAAAAGGAUCUUGAACUUCAACAAACAUGGCGGCCGUCGCUUCACCGUUUCGAACACCAGACUUAAUCUCUCCAAAUGCGAGACGACGUCGUGCAAUUGCCUUAACAAGUACCAACACUCCUCCAACACACUUAAGAGAAAACGACGACGCUGCAGAAAGAAAGCAGAGGCGUCUAUCUAAGGGGACAUCUGCCACCCUUCAAAGCCCCGCUACACCAAGAAGUGCUUCUCGUCUUGACAGCGAAAGGGGCCAGACCACAGGCAGCAAUGGUUUGACUAAUGUUCAGCUGAAAGACUUGUAUUCAAACUGCAUAAAGUUGUCAACCGAGAAUAAAAUCAAUGCCAAAAAUGCCUUUGGUCUGCAUUUAAUUGAUUACAUGCAAGAUUUGAUCAAGACAGUCAGAGAGGGAGACAUGACUAACUUUCAGGUUGCAAGUUGUACAUUAGAUGCAAGUGCCAAAAUCUAUGCUGGUCGUGUUGAUUCUAUCCAUGCCCAAGCUUAUAAAAUGUUAGGAGGUUUAGGAAGAGCUGAAAAUCAGGAUGGUGAUGAGAAUGAUGGCGAAGGUGCUGGCGAGGAACACCAAGGGUCUCAGAAGCCAAAAAAGGUUUCCCAUCAUCGACCUGGAAAUACCAUUGAGUCAAACCUAAAAAACAUAAAUGUGAAUCAGUUUGACUCAGGUUUUGAGGUUGAUCCAUUAUUCCACAAGACAUCAGCUGCAUUUGAUGAAGGUGGAACAGGAGGCUUGCUUCUCAACCAUCUUCAUGUGCGCGAUGACACAUGCGAUCUUCUGCUUGACUCCACAACAGUAACUGGUACAACAGCCAGGGAGAUGUCCUCUGAAGGAGAAACAACAAGUGACAGUAGCAUGGUUGACCUAUCAGAACUUCGAGAUGUUUACAGACGUGUCAACUUUGAAGGUCUGCAAAUUUGUCCUCACUUUGCUGAUUUUGAAUUCACUAACUGGACAAGAAAUAGAGAGCAGGUCAAUACAGAUUAUGGUAAAAUGGUGGCAGACAUGGAGAAGAAUGAACAUGCCUUUGAUGUUAAUGGACCAGUGAUUGAGCCUGAGCCAGAGUGUGAUUUUCCAGAGCCAAUAGGAAAUGGUGACAAUAGUGAUGAUGGUAUGCCUGACAUGGGUGAGGACAUUGAAUAUGGAAGGGAUGGCUGUGAAAAUGUUUUCCACAACCCCAUCUGUAAUGCCUCUCUUGCAUUUGCUGAUGGACAAGAAGCAAGGCUUGUUGUGUCACAGGAUGGAAGGACAACUAUUGCUUCUGCUGCUACAACUGCAGGGACACUGUGUUUGGAGCUUUCAUCACAACCCAGUGACUAUUCUUACUUCAAGUCUGACCUCAUGUCUACCUGGGCAGGACCGCUGCAUUGGAAACUUCGUGACAAGCUUUCAAAAGGUUUGACAAACUCAACAUCAACAACUGAACAACAAAGUAAGAAAAAGAAAGCAAAGAAACAGCCUUUCACAAUAAAUUUUGAUGGUGAGGUAGAUUUUGCAAGCAGUUUUUCAAAAGGAAAGGCAGCAACAACAUUGUCAAAAACAACCCUGGCUAAAUACACAGCAGCCAAGAACACAUUACCAGAAGACCUUCACUAUAAUGCAGACAAACUCUUUAGGCUUUUUAUUAAGCCCAAAAUUAUGGUUAAACGUCAAGUUCAAGCACAAACAGAACUUAGAGAUGAUGGUUCAGCUUGGUAUAACUAUGAGAAUGCAAAUGACUGUGCUAACUACUGUCCAGAUCUCCAGGAUGGUGGAGGUGAUGAUGAUGAUGCCUUUGAAGCUGCAGAUGGUGGAUGUGACAUGCCCUCUGGAGAAGCAGAAUUCCCGUCUUCACAGGACAUGACCUUUGGAGACUCAACCCAAAGUCAUAGCUUCACAAAUGAGAGUGUAGUGGAUCAAACACUCUUUGCUGGUGACGGCCUUGUUGCCCAACCUAACAAGGUUCAGAAAAUUGACAUUGGCUAUGCCAAAACUGCCAAAAAAAUGGAUGUAAAGAAAUUAAAGGGUGCCAUGUGGGGCCUUUUAGCUGAAAAUAGUGAAAGUGACAAGGAAAAUAUUGGUGUAGAUCAGCAAGGAACAGGAAAAGGCAGUGGAGGUGUGACAAAUCCUUGCUCAUUUAAGGAAAUCUAUACUAAAUUACCUGAAAAGCUUUCCAAGAACAUGGCUAAGAAUCUCUCAGUAUCCAUUGCCUUUGUCUGCAUUCUACACCUAGCAAAUGAAAAGUGCCUCAAGAUGACCGGUGAGCCUGGAAUGGGGGAUUUUUCUAUUUCUCAGGGCAUUUGAGCCUUUUUCAAUGAACCACAGUCAAUCAGCUAUUAUAAACUCUCAUAAAAUCAUGAGAAAAAAGAAAAGUGCAUAGCAAUUCACCAUAGUUAUGUUUUUGUCAUAAAUAAACUGGGAAAUGAAGAAGAUAAGUUGAUGCCCAGUAUCUAAUUUUUUCAGAGAAUUAAUCUUGCAAAAUGAGAUUUAUGUUUUUAACACUUACACAAUUGAGUUAAAGGAUUUCAAAUGGGGUUUGCAUCAUAUUACCUAAAUAGAUCAAAAGCCAUAACAACAAUCACAGUGACAGAUCUUUAACAUGCAACCCAUUUUUAAGACAAUACUGUAUUUUAACUUUUCUCUUGCCUUCUUUUCUAAUUUUUCUAUACCCUUACCUAAAAGUGCAUUGCUGCAAAAUUAAAGCAAAUGAUCACCAACUAAAGAAGCCCUUGAUUUUUUAAUAAAUUGUCCCUGUCAGCACAUUAGGAAAUGUAUAGAGAACGGUAUGGAGAAUAUGGAUAUUGAUGUUUGGGUGUAGUGGGUUACCAAUAAUAGAUCAACAUGUCCUUGAAAAAGAAAAACAACAGAAUUACCAUGUGGUGACUUUAGGAGUAAUUAGGUCAUUUAGGUACAUGAAAUCUCCACUAAACAAUAUCUUUACAAAUAACUGAAUUUUACAGAACCCUCUCUAAAUUCUAAAUAAAAGUUUGACUUAAAUUGCUCCUAAUGAUUGUAAAACAAGUUGAAAUUUAACCAAGAUGCCCAUGUCAUAAACAUGUUUUUGAUGUUGGUGAUGGACCCAACAUAAUGGAGGAGCUCAACUUGCCCCCUCCCUUGCCCCCAACCUGAAAAGUGUUAAGAAAUUUAUUUACCAAUAAGAGCACUGAGGGAAGGAAAAAGCUCGCUGAACACAUAAUUACAGCAUUAAUUACCAGUACCAUUAAUUACAAUGCUCUUCAGAACUAUUCAAAAAGUAUGUUAAUCUUCUGACCCCCAAGAGUGACCAGCUUCUACUUUCUCCUUAAGAAUAUCACCCCUGAAUCUUGAAUUAUGGUCAUGAGAAUAAAAGAAAUGAUCAACAACUAAAAGAAGUUUCUUAUUGUUAAACAAAUUCUUCCUGUUGGCCCCUUUUGAAAUGUAUAUAUAGAGCAGCAUGGAGAAUGUGGAUGCUUGGAUGUAAAAAGGGUUAAUGAAAACUUCCUAAAGUGGUAUACAGGUGUACUCAAUGAUUGUAUUUCCCCCUCACCAGUCUGCAUUUACAUAACCCUUUAACCCCAAGGGUGAUUAGCAUGUAAUAUUUCCCUACAUUAUCACCCCUGAAUCACACAUUAAGGUCAGGAGAAUAAUGGAAAUGAUUACCAGCUUAAGAUCUGAUUUUUAAAACAAAUUCUCCUUGUCAGCAUGCUAGGAAAUGUAUGGAGAAUAAGCAUAUGGAUGUAAGGGUAAAACUCCUUUCUUAGCUAUGAUAGAUUGAAAACACAAAGACAAGAAAAAACCGUCAUUAUUACAUGAACCUUACAUGUCUACUUUUAAAUAAUAAGAAAAUAGAAGUCAAUUAUACCCUCCUCCCAACCAGUUGUUCAAUGUUACCCUCCUGGAUUCAGGUGCUCUGAUAAUGGACUGAUGUAUGAGACCAUCACCAGAGCAAAAGAAAUAACACUAAAGAAGAGCUCUCUUAUGCCCCAGCCAAACCAUGAUGGUAUUAAGAGUUUGCCUACUUGCUUAAGCAAUUAUUUUUUAAGUAUCACUUGUACAUAGUUAUGAUAAUGAUAUUUAAACAGAUAAAUCUUGAUUAAGAAAUCACAGUCUUGGAGAAGCAUUAACAAUAAUAUCUUUAUUUAUAUAAAGUUUUAUAGUAAUCAUAAAUUCUACAAACAAAGGAUUGGAUACUGGCUU